AUUACAUUUUAAUGUUCUUACUUUUAGUGUUUACUUAUUUUGGGGUGAAACUGGCCCCUCCCACUUUCUUUGGCAUUUCUUUGCUGUGGUGGAGCCCCCACCCUGUGCCUUCUUGGCCCCCUGUGCUGCCCCAGGUGGAGGAGCAUAUCAAACAUGUCCGGGAGGAGCUGGACCGGGAGCGCGAGGAACGCAACUACUUCCAGCUGGAGCGGGACAAGAUCCAUACAUUCUGGGAGAUCACACGGCGGCAGCUGGAGGAGAAGAAAGCUGAGCUGCGCAACAAGGACCGGGAGAUGGAGGAGGCGGAGGAGCGGCACCAAGUGGAGAUCAAGGUAUACAAGCAGAAGGUGAAGCACCUGCUGUAUGAGCACCAGAACAACCUGACAGAGAUGAAGGCAGAGGGCACCGUGGUCAUGAAGCUGGCACAGAAGGAGCACUGCAUGCAGGAGGGUGCACUGCGCAAGGACAUGCGGGCGCUGAAGGUGGAGCUCAAGGAGCAGGAGCUAGCCAAUGAAGUGGUGGUGAAGAGCCUGCGGCUGAAACACGCCGAGGAGAUCACCAAGAUGCGCAGCGACUUCGAGAGGCAAGUUCGAGAAAUUGAGGCCAAGUACGAUAAGAAGAUGAAGACGCUGAGGGAUGAGAUGGACCUGCGGAGAAAGACGGAGAUCCACGAGGUAGAGGAGAGGAAGAGCAGGCAGAUCCACAUGCUGAUGGAGCGGCAUGAGGAGGCCUUCACCGACAUCAAGAACUACUACAAUGAUAUUACCCUCAACAACCUGGCCCUCAUCAACUCGCUCAAGGAGCAGAUGGAGGACAUGCGGAAGAAGGAGGACCACCUGGAGAAGGAGAUGAUGGAGGUGACCAUGCAGAACAAGCGCCUGGCGGACCCGCUGCAGCGGGCACGGGACGAGAUGAGCGAGAUGCAGAGGAAGCUCACGCACUAUGAGCGUGACAAGCAGAUCUUGAUGUGCACAAAAGCUCGCCUGAAAGUCACCGAGAAAGAGUUAAAAGACCUGCAGUGGGAGCACGAGGUGCUGGAGCAGCGGUUCAUCAAGGUGCAGCAGGAACGGGACCAACUCUACCAGAAGUUCACGGCAGCUAUCCAGGAGGUGCAGCAGAAGACGGGCUUCAAGAACCUAGUCCUAGAGCGGAAGCUGAAGGCACUGAGCACUGCCGUGGAGCAGAAAGAGGCGCAGCUCAACGAGGUGCUGGCCACCUCCAACCUAGACCCCUCGGCCCUGACCAUUGUGUCCCGCAAGCUCGAGGACAUCCUGGAAUCGAAAAACAGCACCAUCAAGGACCUUCAGUACGAGCUAGCCCGUGUCUGCAAGGCGCACAACGACCUCCUGCGCACCUACGAGGCGAAACUCCUGGCCUUCGGGAUCCCUCUGGACAACGUGGGCUUCAGGCCCCUGGAGACGGCCAUCAUUGGGCAGACGCUGGGCCAGGGCCCUGCCGGGCUGGUGGCCACGCCUACGUAG